CGGAUGUCAGAAAAUCCAACGUAAAGUUGCAGCGGCCUCUGUCGUCGAAACAAUAUGGUGACAGCACUCUUUUCCUAUUGGACGACAGUGUGCACGUGAUCAUAACACGAUCAUGGCUACCUCCGCCGCAGUCCGCUCCAGCAUGGGGAUGACUUUCAGACUUUCGCGAGUUUUACCGGACUGUAGCACAUGUCCCUUUUCCAGGAUAAAGACGUGCACGACUCAUUUACAGAGGAAAGACUCCGUGGACGCCUUUCGUACCAUUAACCGCUACAUGCAAACGAAUACAGGUUCGCACCACAACGAGGACGCUAGCGCUGAAGAAGAGACCCAGGACAAUGUGGUCAAUGUGGUGUAUGUAGACCGGUCGGGCCAGAGGAUCCCAGUUAGAGCCAAAGUGGGAGACAAUAUUUUGUACUUAGCCCACAAGAAUGGAAUUGAACUAGAAGGGGCAUGUGAGGCAUCAUUGGCCUGUUCAACAUGCCACGUGUAUGUAACCAGCGACCAUUUAGACAAACUGCCUGAACCACAUGAGAGGGAGGAUGACAUGCUGGACAUGGCACCCAUGCUUCAGGAGAACUCCCGGCUCGGGUGCCAGAUCAUUCUUACUCGAGAGCUAGAGGGCAUGGAGGUGACUUUACCCAAAGUCACGAGGAAUUUCUACGUGGACGGACAUGUUCCCAAACCUCAUUGAGAAAAGGCACAGAGGAUUGAGAGGGGCCAACUCAGACAAUGAGGGCGUGCUAGGACGGGAGCGGGUUACUUUUAAAGAAAUUUAGGGCUUGGGAAGUCCGUAGCAACCGCCCCGAAGAUCUCGACUGACCAAAUAACAGUUUACUGUGGUGGGCCUGUGGACUUGGGCAGAAAUCGCUGAGCUCGGUUAUGGUUAUUUUGAAAAUGGAGCAUUUAACAUCUUUUUAUUCACAUGGAAUGUCUUUAGCAUUGAGACAGUUCACAAUUUCACAAAGUGUUCUUUGUUAACGACAACAAACAGCAUCUACAUUUAAGUUUGUCACAAAACGUUCACCGUCACAAAGGAGUUUUAGGGUCACACUGAGGAGAAAAAAA